AUUCUGAUUCAUGAGUCAAGUUUUGCUCUGUUUCAAAUUUUUAACGAUUGAAUUACGGCCAUUAAAAGAAAACCGGAAAUAAAUUUAAAUUCACACAUUCAUUAUGGCUACCGGAAAUGAAAAUUCUCCAUUCAUAAAAAAAAACAUUAUUUUCAUUAUUCUAUUCACCACUAGAUGUCCCAUUUAAAAAGUGACAUUUCUGACAGAUUGCAUUUUGACACUACUACCAUCUGUCAUCUGAAAAACAAAAUUUGCUUUCAACAGUUUUUUUUUAUUGUUUAUGCUUUUUUUUCUUUGCAUCGCACACGUAAAAAUAAUAAUUUAAAUUUUUAUUAAAAGGAAUUAUAAACAUUUAGCUCCACGUUUAAUCUCCCCAACAAAACAAUACCAAUUAAAAAUGGAACCGGAGAUAAAACGUUGCAAACUCGAGCCAACAACCACCAACACCAACACCAAACCCCUGCGCAAAUUCAAGAAAAUACCAAUUUUCAUUGUCGACUAUCACAACGAUGUAUUGGAAUUUAUUUAUCGAUGUUUUGGAUCCCGCCACUUACCUCUAACAAAUAACACACUUGUCCAUUUCGAUUCACAUCCUGAUAUGGUCAUAUCAAAAGCUAUACCAGCUUCAUGUGUUGAAAAUAAAGAUUUCUUAUUAAAUGAAUUAAGUAUAGAAAAUUGGAUUAUGCCAACUUUAUAUGCGGGGCAAUUCAAUCAUUUGGUGUGGUUGAAAAACUCUUGGUGUUCACAAAUUCCCGUGGGGAAAUAUGAUUUUCGAAUUGGCGAACAUCAAGAUUUGAUGUAUGUUGAUUUGCCAGUUGAUUAUUUUGCUUCCGAGGGGAAUUAUAGUGAAAAGGAACAUUUGGAACGAUCAAAAACAAUCAAAUUUGAAGUUUACAAUGUUGAUGAGAAUGUUGAAGCAAUUCAAUUGGAAAGAUAUGUUCUAGACAUUGAUUUAGACUUUUUUAGUACAAAGAAUCCCUUCCUUGAGGUGUACAAAAAAGCAAAUUGCUAUGAACAAUUAAAGACAAUCUUUAAUUAUGAUCGAACUAAAAUGUCAUUGGAAGCUUCUAAAGAGCGAUGCCGUCAAUUAGACGAUCUCAAGGCAGCCUUUGAAUAUAUUGAUGAACACAAGUCAUUAGAUUUAUAUGAAAAUAAUGACAUCCCAGAAGAUACAUUCGAGGCGCUAAAAGAGCUUGUAGCCAGUAUGGCGGAACACUAUCAACCCGAUGAAGUUGAGUGGUCAUUAGUAUUCGAUGCUGGUUGUACAUCGGAUAAUGAUGGUUUACCUCAUCAUGUAUCAACUGAUGACGAACUACUUGAACAUUAUAGACGUUUUAAAGAAUUUCUUACAAGCCUUCCCUGUCCACCAGUAGUUGUGACAAUAUCACGAUCUUCUGAGGAUGACUAUUGUCCAGUUAAUCAAGUAACUGCCAUACAGUGUCAUGUAAUUGAAAUGUUGGUUGAUGUUUUCGAGGAUAAAAUCCAUUCGAAGGCGAUUAUGCAUUAUUUGAAUGAAGAAUGGGAUGUUAUGGAUCUGUAGGCGUAUAGUAGAACCACAAGAUGCAAUUAUUAUUAUUAUUUUUUAAUUGAUGAUUGAAUGUAGUAAGUGUGUUUGGAGUAUAUAUUAUAUUAUAAUGUUUUCUUUGUCUUAUAUUAUAAUGAAUUUAUUAUUGAACGUGUCUUAAGAAUUAAAAAUAAUGAAAAAAUAAAAA